AUGAGUGUGGAUUUGGCUUAUCCCCAAAGCCUGCCCUGCUCCGAAUCAUCAAAAUCUAGGGAGCCUUCACCAGUGCCUGAGACUUAUACGCCUGAAGAAAACUCUGCAUCCUUGCAAAUGUCAUCUGCUGAGACGCUCCACACGGAGACUGCUUAUUCAGAACAGCCUGAUUCUCCCACCAGUCCCAGCAGUCCCAGUGCAACACUACCCACCUCUGUAGAGAACGGGACAGGGGAGGAGGAGAAAGCCCAGGUCAAGAAUCAGAAGAUCCGAACCGUCUGCUCACAGCCCCAGCUCUGUGGACUCAAUGAGAGAUUUCAAAGACAGAAAUAUCUCAGCCUCCAGCAGAGGCAAGAACUUUCCAACAUCCCGGACCUUAGCUACAAACAGAUUAAGACCUGGUUCCAGAACCAGAGAACGAAAUGUAGGAGGUGGCAGAAAUACAACUGGCCAAAGAAGAGCCACCGUGUGACCCCGAUGAGCUCAGCAACUACAGACUACCCGGGCCUCUCCUCCUGCCACCGGGGAUGCCUGGUGAACGCUUCUGGAAACCUUUUCGUGUGGAGCAACCAUUCCUGGACCAGCCCAUCUUGGAACUACCCUGCCUGGAACGGUCAGACCUGGUGUCCCCAGGCCUGGAACAACCAAUUCCUUAGUUAUGGAGAGGAAGCCCUGCAGCCCCAGAUCCAGUUCCGGCAAAAUCCUGUCAGUGAUUUGGAGGCCUCUUUGGAAAUUGCUGGGGAAACCUAUGAUGCAAUACUACAAGCCCCUAAAUAUUAUGGUGCCCAGCAAUCCGCGGGUUCAUUCCCAGAUUAUUCCAUGAGCAGCAUAUCGCCGUCCACGAACAUAUAG